AGCAUCUUGGGGGACGCGCGUUUUAGUUAUUGGGGGCUGCCGCUGUCUGGCCGAGCCGGCCUAAUCGGUUUCUGGUGCCUUUUUUCAAGCUUCUACCAACCACGAACUAAUCCUCUGAGCUGCCAUUAACACACUUUUGUAGGGCGCCUUGCUGAAGCGAGGCGCUGAGUCUCCGAGGUUCUUUGUAGUACAGGGCAUGCGCGCUAGCUUUCUACCCUGGAAAAAGUAUGUUCUGAACGGCAGCUUAGGGGAUAGGUAGGCAUUUCGGCUUUGCGGGCCUACCAAAUAGCUUUUUAAUAUACAAAGCGGGUAGUUGUUGUUUUCAGUAUAAUGAAAGGGGAAGAGCAGCAGGAAGCGCUGGGUUUGGAUAGGCCUCUCCUUUUGUCCACUGAUGGGAGACAGCCUGUUUAUUCCACCACUUGGCGAUUGGCGAUUCCCUCAUAUCAGCGGAUUUUUGGUAAAUGAUCGGUAGCAGUUAAAGUAGGCUGAUGUCAAAGACAUACAAAUCUUCGAUGUACCGAAUGACCAGAAUGGCCGUGGCAGGACAUGGAUCAACUAUAUAAGUAGGUAUGAAAGUCUUCCUCUUGUCCAUUUUUCCUCUAUCCUCCUUCAGUUUCAUACAAUCAAGCUUGCUUCGUUAUCGUCAUCUCUCAGAGCACAUUCUUUUCAAACACGAUCCUCAUCAUGAUCUCCGCAGCAGCAGCGCUCGCUAUUUCGUCCUUCCUUGCCGGAGCAGGCGCUCAGCAGGUCGGUACCCUUAAGGCAGAGACUCAUCCAUCCUUGAGCAUUUCAACUUGUACCGCCAGUGGAUGCACAACAGAGGCCGAUCAAGUGGUUCUCGAUGCCAACUGGAGAUGGGCUCACUCGACGUCGGGUUCGACGAACUGCUAUACAGGCAACACCUGGGAUGCGACUCUCUGCCCGGACGAUGCUACAUGCGUAGCCAACUGUGCUAUUGACGGUGCUGACUACUCCGGCACAUACGGUAUCACCACCUCUGGGAAUGCUUUGACUUUGAAAUUCGUGACUGGAAGCAAUGUUGGCUCUCGCACGUAUCUCAUGGACACAGAGACCACUUACAAGAAGUUUGACCUUCUUGGCCAGGAAUUUACGUUCGACGUAGACGUCUCUAAGCUUCCUUGUGGCUUGAAUGGUGCUCUUUACUUUGUGCCUAUGGCUGCUGACGGCGGUAUGUCUGCUACCAACAAGGCUGGUGCCAAAUAUGGUACUGGAUAUUGUGACGCUCAAUGCCCAAGAGACUUGAAGUUCAUUGAUGGCUCUGCCAACUCCGAGGGCUGGGUGCCAGAUUCUAACAGUGCCAACUCCGGAAAAGGAAACAAGGGUAGUUGCUGUUCUGAGAUGGAUGUGUGGGAAGCUAAUUCUAUGGCCAACGCCGUGACACCGCAUUCCUGCAAAACCAACGCGCUGACCGUGUGCACUGGUGAUGAGUGUACUCGUAACACUGGCGAAUGCGACGCAGACGGAUGUGAUUUCAACCCAUACCGCAUGGGUAACACAUCUUUCUACGGUCUUGGAAAGACGAUUGAUACCAACAAGCCCGUCACCGUCGUGACACAAUUCAUCACUUCCGACGGAUCCACCAGUGGCACCCUCUCCGAGAUCAAGCGAUUCUACGUCCAAAACGGCGUUGUCUAUGCUCAACCAGACUCAGACAUCGCAGGCGUGACUGGGAAUUCCAUCACUGAUGAUUUCUGCACCGCUCAAAAGUCCACUUUCGGAGAUACCAACUACUUCGGCACAAACGGCGGCAUGGCUAAGAUGGGUGAGGCGCUCGCAAGCGGCAUGGUCCUCGUCAUGAGUAUAUGGGACGACUACGCCGCCAACAUGCUUUGGCUCGACAGCAACUACCCUCUGGACAAGGACGCCUCUACUCCUGGCGUUGCUCGUGGUGCUUGUGCUACGACUUCGGCAGUCCCCGCUGAGGUUGAAGCUUCUGCUGCCAGCUCUCAGGUCAUCUUCUCCAAUAUCAAGGUUGGACCGAUCGGAUCGACCUUCAUUGCUCCUGCUUAGAGAGUCCAUGGAUGCUCGUCUUGUAGCUAUCAUUGCUGGGAAUCGAAAUUUGGGGAAUAUAGAACGGUUCUAAUGCAGGAUUAGGAUUGCAUGCUGGUUCGGUCCGGUUGGAAGAGUUGUGGCCCGGUGCCUCGGAUAGAUUUCUUGUAUAUAGAUUUGGGAUCUCUACGAAAUCGACUCUUUGGUCGUUUCUUGGUAUUAGUACUUCAAACUCGAUUCCGUAUUCGUUGAUGUCCAGUGGUUUUUGCAGACGGGAUGAUGAUACCCAUGCACAAGCCUUGGAUGUUGCUUCUAACUACUUCUGGAAAUUG